UGGGAGUGGGGCAGGCGCUUUGGGAACGGACGUCAGAGCGAGGCGGUGAGCAGAGCUGGUCGCGUGAGGUGUGGCGGCUCCACUUCAAGUGUGACUGGUGGCGACGGCCCGGCCGGGAGCGGAGACUCCAGUGCAAUUCCCCGAGCUUCGAGCGGGUCGCCAUGGACCGCCCUGAUGAGGGGCCUCCAGCCAAGACCCCCCGCUUGAGCAGCUCGGAACCCCCUCGGCGAGACCCGCCGCCCCCACCUCUUCUGCGACUGCCUCUGCCUCCACCCCAGCAGCGCCCGAGGCUCCAGGAAGAAACCGAGGCUGCACAGGUGCUGGCUGACAUGAGGGGGGUGGGCCCCACUCUGCCCCCACCACCACCCUAUGUCAUUCUUGAGGAAGGUGGGAUCCGCGCGUAUUUCACCCUGGGUGCUGGGAGUCCUGGCUGGGAUCCUGCAGUUGAGUCAGGGUUUGGGGAGACCCCUCCCACAGGGUUCGUGGAAGCACUCCCCCCUUCUGAAACCUCUGGAGGAAGCCUGGAAAUUGACUUUCAGGUUGCGCAGCCCAGCAGCUUUGCUGGAGAGAAAGCCCUAGAAACCUGUAGCUUUGGGGGGUGGGGGCCCCAGAUGUUAGUCGGUCCAAAGAGAAAGGAAGAGGCUAUCAUCAUAGUUGAAGAUGAGGAUGAGGAGGAACAAAGUGUGAGGAGGAGGCGGUGGAGGAGGAGGAGGAGGAGGAAGCAGAGGAAGGCGAAGAAAGAAAGCAAAGAGAGGAGUGCCCAGAGGAUGGAGAGCAUACUGCAGGCGUUGGAGAGCAUUCAAAUGGACCUGGAGGCGGUGAACAUAAAGGCAGGCAAGGCCUUCUUGCGUCUCAAACGCAAGUUCAUCCAGAUGCGAAGACCGUUUUUGGAGCGCAGAGACCUCAUCAUCCAGCACAUCCCAGGCUUCUGGGUCAAAGCAUUCCUCAACCACCCCAGAAUUUCAAUCUUGAUCAACCAACGUGAUGAAGACAUUUUCCGCUACUUGACCAAUCUUCAGGUACAGGAUCUCAGACAUAUCUCCAUGGGUUACAAAAUGAAGCUGUACUUCCAGACAAAUCCUUACUUUACAAACAUGGUGAUUGUCAAGGAGUUCCAGCGCAACCGUUCAGGUCGGUUGGUGUCUCAUUCCACCCCAAUUCGCUGGCAUAGGGGCCAGGAACCCCAGGCCUAUAAUCGCAGGAACCAGGACACCAGUGACAGCUUCUUCAGCUGGUUCUCAAACCACAGCCUUCCAGAAGCUGACAGAAUUGCUGAGAUUAUCAAGAACGACCUGUGGGUUAAUCCAGUACGCUACUACAUGAGAGAAAAUGGCUACAGGGCAAACAGAAAGAAGAAAGAAGAGAAGGAAAGUAAAGCCAAGCAUCAAUAUGAAAUGGUGAUCAUGGAGGAUGCUCAUGACCUUUAUGCCGUGGAAGACAUUCUCAGUGACAUCUCAGACAUUGAAGAGAUCACUGACAAUGAGACCAUGCAUGACAUCAAGAUCUCUGACUUCAUGGAGACCACCGACUAUUUCGAGACCACUGACAAUGAGAUAAAUGACAUCAGUGAGACCUUGUAUGACAGUGACCCUAAUGAGAGCCCCAACAAUAAGAUCACUAACAACUAUGAGAGCGCUGCUGCUGCUGCUGCUGCUGCUGCUGCUGCUGCUGCUGCUGCUGCUCAGAGUCUAGACAACAGUGAAAACCCAGAAGAGGAGAGCACCUAUGGCAGUGCGAAUCCUGAAGACACAAACCUAGAAGGUCCCAACCAGCAGAGCACUGGGAACAACCAAGACAGCAGUGAUAGUGACAAUGGAGAUGAGGCCAGUGAUGAUGAAGAUAAUGAUGGCAAUGAAGGUGACAAUGAGGGCAGUGAUGAUGAUGGCAAUGAGGGUGACAAUGAGGGAAGUGAUGAUGAUGACAGAGACGUCAAAUACUACAAGAAUGACAUUGAAGUCUUUGACAAGGAUCUGGAUAACAGCACCAGCCAGGAUGAAUAUGAGGAUGAGGUAGAAAUCAUCUCUGAUGAAUCAGUGGAGGAAGAGGAAGAGGCCGGUGAGGAAGGCAGCCAGCAAGGCGAGGACUUCUAUGAAGAAGAACACAUCUAUGGGGAAGGAAGUGAAGUCUACUCAGAAGAUUCUGACAUUCAGGAGGUGCUCCUGCAGGUCCCAAACGUUUUGACCAGCCUGGGCAAGAAGGGGAAAAUCGGAUAAAUAUCUUACCCUUUGGGGGCUCUCUCUAUAUCCCCCCAUCCCCUACCCCAUUUGCCCUCUUCUUCAGCUAGGGCUAUGCGGCCCCACAUAGCACUUCUGGGGGGGACUACCGACUUACACGGGUUUAAAGUUUAUUUUUAUGGUUUAGUAAUUGCAGAGUUCUUAUUUGGAGGGGGGUUACUCCUUUUUUGGCCCUCCUCCCCUGCAGGCUUCUGUGUGCUGCUAAUCGUAUUUAUUGUGAUGCCUUGGUCAGGGCCCCUCUCGCCCCCUUCUCUUUAGCAUAGGCCCCAGCCCCUCUCCCCGUGAUGUGCUGUGCUGUGUGGACACCCUUAUCCCUAAGUGGGGAGGGUCACUGUGGCCUUCGUCACAACUGCGCAGUGGCCUCUAGGCUCUUCUACCACCCACCCCUCCGAAAUCUCUCCCAACAACCCCCUCUUCUCCCAGCUUCUGCCACCCCCCCGUCCC